AUGUCCCAAUCCACCGCUCCCGAUGCCACCACCACCCAAGUCUCCGGACAGCCCCCCGCCCAUCCCUCCCGCACCACCGAACUCGCCAGUCUUAAGGUAAGACUGCGCUCUGCCCUGCGCCAGUUCCCCGACUUCCCGUCCCCGGGUAUCCUCUUCGAAGACAUCCUCCCCAUAUUCGCCGACCCCUCUCUGCACGAAGCUCUCCUGCGAUGCUUGGAGCUGCACAUCCUCGAGUCCGCCGGUGGCCAGAAGCCCGAUGUCAUCGUUGGUCUGGAGGCUAGAGGGUUCCUGAUGGGCCCUAGUUUGGCUCUGCGGUUGGGUGCUGGCUUUGUUCCUGUGCGGAAGCAGGGCAAGCUGCCGGGUCCUUGUGAGACCCAGGCGUAUGAGAAGGAGUAUGGGCAGGACUUUUUCCAGAUGCAGGCGGAUUCGAUUAAGCCUGGUCAGAAGGUUAUUAUUGUUGAUGACAUUAUCGCUACUGGUAGGUUUCUUUACACUGUUUUUCAAGCAGAAAUGCUGACUGAAUAG